UUCCCUUGUUCAUGAGAGGUUAUUUUUGUAAAAUCAAUCCACACUCCCUUCCCAGCCCAAGGGAUAAGUAACCCCCCAAGUCCCAUGCCAAACAGCAAAAUCAAAUUCAGUAGUCUCUCCAUUUCACUACCAAACACUCUCUCCCCAUUUACUUUCCCUCCCAGUAGAGCUUUUCCCCUUUCUUUCCUUAUGGAAUACAUGAAUCAAAUCAAGCAACAUAACAUCCAAACACUAGAUCAACUCACCCAAUUCCACUUCUCAAAAAAACUCAUCCAAAUCCUACUCUCCAUCUCUGCAUUUUCCAUCCUCUUUUCUUGUUCCCCAUUGUUUCCUCUCUUCACCAAUCAUAUCACUUCUUUUUCCAUGCAAAUCCUCAGCUACACCACUCAGAAAAACUUCAUUUUCCUCUUUUGCAAUGGAAUUCUGGUUUUCCUGAUCCGAAACUCGGGUCUGCCCCACACUUCACAAACCAACCAUAAUGUACCUGAAUUGGGUGAGAAGAUAGCAUUGGCUAGAGAAGAAGUUGUGGAAAUUAAAGAUGAAAAAAUUGAGAAUUCGGUUACAGGAGGAGGAGGUAAUGAAAAUGAAGUUUUGAAUGAUGAAGACGAUAAAUUUGUAGUUGUCGAAGAAGAGGAAGGAGAGGGAGUGGAUGAAAGUGAAGACGACGAUGAAUUUGUUGUAAUUGGAGAAGAGGAGGGAGGAGAGGGAAUGGGAUUGUUGAGUGCAGAGGAACUGAACAAGAAAUGUGAUGAAUUUAUAAGGAAGAUGAGGGAAGAAAUCAAAAUUGAAGCACAAAGAUUGAUCAUGGUUUAGUAUAUUAUACCAAAAAAGGGCUUACAUUCUAGUCAUUUGUCUGUGACUAUUUGUACUUUACUUUUGUCCCUUUUUUUUUUUGUACCAUUUGUGAUCUUUGUGUAGAAACUUUCUCCCAGCUAUUGUAGUAUUAUCAGUUCAGUUUUAAUGUAGCUGAAAUGUGAAACUUAUGUAGUUUUAACAUCAUGUUUGUAAGAGAUAAGAAUGUUUUACUUUUACCAUGUAAUUUUAUCCUCAUAACUAAAGAAUGAAGAAUUUAAUUUUGUGCAAA